CCAUAAUACGAUUGUUUUUGUGGCUAUCGGUUGCUAUGGUUUGCUACGUCAUCCCUUUGUUUAUAGAAGGAACCAAAAUUCCACUCAUUUUCUAGGGCAGAGAUUUGAUCUGCUCACUAAAAAUAUUUUUUUAGAACUUAUAAAAUCCGUUCAGAACCAUGUCCAUAGUGAAAAUCUACUACCACAACGAGAACAUUUACAACGUUGAGAAGAAACCACCGGAACGGCCGCCAAAACCACCCUUGUAUCAUUCGCGCUUCGAGCACCAGGUUCGCCGGGAAACGAAAUCCUGCAAAGACGCUCACCGGACGAUGGGCUUCGCCAAAAUUCCCCUACAAAAACCGAAUGAGUUUCUUAAGAAAAACUGUGGUGUGCGUUUUCGGGCCACCAAGUCGGCACCGGUUCGCCUGUGCGCCAGCCAUAAACCUCCGGUACCGAAAAAGGACGAGCUGGCGGCAACCAACCAGCAGGUAAUGAAAAAUGUCGAUUUCAAGGUCGAAAACAUUAAGAAAGUGGUCACCUCAAGUCCAAAAAAGGUAAGGCCACGCUACGCCGAUACGCGAAAAGGGGACUUUCACGAUCUGGAAAAAUCCGGCCUAAUGCCAGUAUACAAGUGUCAACCAAAAUACGGUAAGGUUCCAAAGUACCUUCAACGUCGAAAGAAAGAUCUGGAAACCGAGAAACAGCGCAUAUAUGAGAAAUUGGUCGAUAAAACUCCGACCUGUGUAGCUGUUCCAGCAGAUGAACGGUUGGAGCUGUUGAAGGGUUUGAAGUCAAAUUGGGAAAUUCUUCAGCAAGAAUACCAAAGUCUCCCGUUGCUGAUCGAUACGGUACCGAAAAUGAUACGGAAAGCUAAACUUGAAAAAAAUCUGAAAGAGUUAGAAAAGGACAUACUGAAGGUGGAAAAUACACCGAUUAUUUACAUUUAUGAGGAUGAGGAUCAGCAUCAACAAACGUGUUAGAACUAGAGUUGUCGGGAUUUUUAUUUUGUAGCCCGAUAUUGAAAAAAUUUCGACUAAAAUUAAUCGCCUUACAAGUUUGAAUCGAACGAAGUGUGACUGCGUGCUUUUAAUUUAGAGCUAAACGUGAAUCGAGCAAUAAAAUUUCUCCGUUUCUACAAUAUGA